AUGAUUUCCCGCCAGCUGUCGCUGCUGGCUCUCACUCUGGCGGCGGCCGCGCCUACAACACUCGCGCAGACACAUUCCCCUGGGUCGAUCGAAAAUGCUGGCGACACGCUUGUCAGUGCUAUGAUGAUGUUUUUGGGGACCGAGGAGACUGUGUACAUUCUCGACAAGGCAGAAGGCAACGCGGCGCAGGUCGACGGACACCCCGCAUGGGGUUCGGCAUACAACAUCGCCGGCCGGACGGCGCAGACGAUGGAGGUGGUCACCAACACGUUCUGUGCGUCAGGCAUGCAUUUGCCUAAUGGCUCCUACGCCACGUUUGGUGGUAACGGUGCGGUGUCACCGGGUGGUAACAUCGGUGAUGUACUGGCGCCGGGCGGGUAUUCCGCCAGCUACGAUACGACCUACCACGACUACUCUGGCUCAACUUCCAUCCGUAUCCUGAACCCGUGUGCCUGGUCGGACCUGUCAAACACCGAAUGCCAAUGGUUCGACAACGCGACGCUGCUUCACAUGCAGAAGCAGCGAUGGUACUCGGCCGCGGAGCCCCUCGGAGACGGCUCGAUCGCAAUCAUUGGUGGUUUCGUGGAAGGUGGUUACAUCAACAGAAACUACCCGAAUGUCGACCCGGCAACCGAGGGUGGUGCGGCUGAGCCCACAUACGAAUUCUAUCCUAGCAAAGGCCCGGCGCAAACGAUGCAGUUCUUGAUCCAGACAUCUGGUCUGAACGCGUACGCACACACGUACAUGAUGCCAUCCGGCAAGAUGUUUGUGCAGGCCAACGUCUCGACUAUGCUCUGGGACCCACUAACAAACGAGGAAACAGCACUACCACCCAUGCCAGACAACAUUGUUCGUGUCUACCCAGGGUCUGGUGCCGCGGCUAUGCUCCCCUUGACGCCCGCCAACAACUACACGCCCACAGUGAUGUUCUGUGGUGGUUCUGACAUGCCUGACUAUGCGUGGGGCAACUACUCAUGGCCGUUCAUCAACACGUUCUACUACCCAGCAUCCGCUAAAUGCCACCAGAUCACGCCAGAGCCGGUUGACGGUUCCGCGCCUCAAUACGUCGAGGUUGACAGCAUGCCCGACACCCGCACCAUGGGGCAGUUCAUCCACCUCCCCAAUGGCAAGAUGUUGGUUGUGAACGGCGGCAAGAACGGGACUGCCGGAUACUCGAAGAUGACCCUGGAGACUCCCGAGCUCUCGCAGAUGCCGUAUGGAGAAUCUCUUGCUGCCGGCCCGGUUGGGAAGCCCGCGAUCUUUGACCCCACAGCGGCCAGCGGCUCGCAUUGGUCUAACGAUGGCUUCGACACCUCUAACAUUGCUCGUCUCUACCACUCUUCGGCCAUCCUGCUCCCAGACGCGUCUGUUCUCAUUGCGGGCUCCAACCCCAACCUCGAUGUCAACACCAGCGCCUUCUUCCCUACCCAGUACCAGGCUGAAGUGUUCUACCCGCCCUACUUCUCUGCAUCCACUCGUCCCACUCCCCAGAACGUUCCGACGACCUUGUCCUACGGUGGAGAUGCUUUCGACGUCCUCGUCCCGUCCUCUUCGUACUCGGGCGAUGCGAACAGCGCGGCUGAGAACACCAGUGUCUGGCUCAUUCGCCCCGGGUGGACCACGCACGGGAUGAACAUGGGACAGCGGUCUAUGCAGCUGAACAACACCUUCACCGUGAACCAGAAUGGCUCAAUAUCUCUUCACGUUGCUCAGCUCCCGCCCAACCCGAACUUGUUCCAGCCCGGCCCGGGCUUGUUGUUCGUCACGAUGUCUGGCAUUCCCAGCAACGGUACGAUGGUCUUGAUUGGCAGCGGAGAGAUUGGCACGCAGCCAACUGCUGCCGUCUCCACUCUGCCUCCGAGCGUUCGCUUGAACAACGUGUCGGGAUCAGGCUCCGGCUCCGCCAACUCAACCUCGACCGCUAGCGGCAGCGCUGCGUCGGAAUCAAGCAGCGCGUCCCACACGGGGGCGAUCGUUGGAGGCAUUGUCGCUGCCGUCGCAGUCGUUGGAAUCCUUGGUGCGGCUUUCGGUGUUUAUAUGGCCCGACGGAGACGCACCGCCGCGCAGCAGAACCCGGGGUCGAUGUACGCCAUGUCCUCGGCGCCCGGCGCGGGCGGUGCUAUGGCCAGUCGUAACUUGCGCGAUUCUGACUCGAGUGCGUUUGUGCCCCUGCAGCAGGAUAAUAAGAGCACGUGGGACGCGACGGCGAACGCGAGCAACGUCAGCCUGUCGCCGUACCACGACGACAUGCGCUCGGCGGGGCCGAGUGGCGAGUUCGACCCUUACUACCAGAACGCGCCUCGUCAGAGCACGUCGCAGCGGCCUCGGUAUUGA